UUGGACCUGGUCCUGCAGUGACUUUACAAAGAGGAGAGAAGAGAGACAGAGAGGGAGGGGCAGAGGGGAUGUCCCACUCAGGACAGUUGUGAAGGAUCUUCUGCUCUCAGCAUCAGUGGCUCACCGUGUCAUACAGCUGCAGCGGGACGACAUGGCCUCCCCAAGGCACUUCGGUCGAGGUUCUGUGGACAUCGCCAAUGUGGUGCAAAAACUGCAGGAUGAGCAAGAGGCAGUGCAGAAGAGAACCUUCACAAAAUGGAUCAAUUCUCAUUUAGCAAAGUACAAACCGCCACUAGAGGUUAACGACCUUUUCGAGGACAUCAAAGAUGGGGUGAAGCUCUUGGCUUUGUUGGAGGUUCUGUCUGGCCAACGACUACCCCGAGAACAAGGCCGUCAGCUGAAGAGGAUCCACUGGGUUUCAAACAUCGGCACUGCACUCAAAUUUCUCGAAGGAAGAAAAAUCAAACUCGUUAACAUUCAUGCCACAGAUAUCGCAGAUGGACGACCAUCAAUUGUCCUUGGGCUGAUAUGGACCAUUAUCCUCUACUUCCAGAUUGAGGAGUUAACUAGCAACUUGCCAGCCCUUCAGGCCCUGUCUAACAGCAACUCCUCUGUGGAAAGUAUAGCCAGCUCCGAAACAGGAAGCCCUCCCAUGAAGAGAAAGGUGGUUAACAAAUUUCAGGGCAAUGCCAAGAAAGCCCUGCUCAGAUGGGUGCAGUGCACAGCAGCCAAGCAUCAUGGCAUUGAAGUGAAGGACUUUGGUCCCAGCUGGCGUGAUGGUGUUGCGUUUCAGUCAGUGGUGCACGCCAUCAGGCCAGACCUGGUGGAUAUGCAGGUGGUGAGGAGGAGGAGCAACAGGGAGAAUUUGGAGGAAGCAUUUGCACUAGCAGAAAACGAGCUGGGUAUUCCCCGUCUGCUGGAUCCAGAAGAUGUGGAUGUAGACAAGCCAGAUGAGAAAUCCAUCAUGACAUAUGUGGCUCAGUUCCUCAAGCACUAUCCGAACCCCCACCACUCAGACACUGACGGACAUGAUGAGAGAGAGGAGCGGAAGAUGCUGAGAGAGCUGAAGGUGUUUUUAGACCAGCUGGAGAGAGAUGUGCUGCGGGCGCAAGGAGCAGAGGGAAACCUCACUGACAAAUAUCAGGCAUUUAAGAGCUUCCGUGUACAGUAUGAAAUGAAGAAAAAGCAGACAGAUCCGCUGCUUCAGCCCAUCCACAGAGAUGGCAAGCUCUCUGUUGAUCAGGCUCUGGUCAAACAGGCGUGGGACCGUGUGUCUGCCAGGCUGCUGGACUGGCACAUCCAUCUUGACAAAUCCCUGCCUGGUCCCCUGGGAGUGGUAGGAGCGUGGCUUCACAGAGCAGAGAUGGCCCUGAGAGAGGACAUCCCCAUCCAACAUGCUCAUGAAGAGACAGCCAAUGUUCUUCACAGAAAGCUGGAGCAGCACAAGGAAGUUUUGAAAAACUUGGAAUUGCACAGACAAACCUUUCAGCAGAUCCACAGGGACAGAUCAGUGAAUGGGGUACCUGUCCCACCUGAGCAACUCCAAGACAUGGCUGAGAGGUUCAAUUUUGUAUCCACAUCAUCACAUGCGCACUUAAUCAAAAUGGAAUUCUGGGAAAUGAAGUACCGACUAAUGGCCUUUUUGGUGUUGGCUGAGUCAAAGCUCAAGUCCUGGAUAAUAAAAUACGGCAGACGAGACUCAGUUGAACUGCUGUUGCAAACCUACCUUACUUUUGUUGAAGGCCAGCGGUUCUUUGAGCAGUAUGAGAUCAUCUACACAGGCCUAAAGCAGGCUGCAGAGGUUUAUGUGAAGUCUGACAGUUCAAGGUCUAAGACCUGUAACAAAGUUGAUGAGGCAGAAGGGGUAAGUAAAUUCCUCUACGAGGCCACAGCUCAGUGGAGGAACCUGGCUUUGGAGGUGCGGAGUGUCCGCAGCAUGCUGGAGGAGGUGAUCUCUAACUGGGAGAAAUACAGCAGCACAGUGGCUUCUCUGCAGGCCUGGUUAGAAGAUGCUGAACAGAUGCUCAAUCAGUCGGAGAAUGCCAAACGUGAUUUCUUCAGAAACCUCUCUCACUGGGUGCAGCAGCACAUGGACAUGAACGAUGCUGGGAACUUCCUUAUCGAAACUUGUGAUGAAACAGUUUCAAGAGAUCUAAAGCAGCAGCUUCUUCUUCUAAACGGGAGAUGGAGGGAGCUGUUUGUCAAAGUCAAACAUUAUGCAAGAGCUGACGAGGUAGAUAAACUGAGGCAAGACUACCAAGAUGGGAUUAAUACCCUGAAAAUGUUCAUGGAUGCAACAAAUGAGAAGUUGACAGCUCCUGUCCAAGUAUCUUUCCUGAACGUCAGAGCCUUUUCUCAAGAUGUUGAGGAAAUUAAGCACAAAGUGCCAGCUAUGGAAGCCGCCUGUAAGGCAGCGAGCCGUACCGCUCAGCUGUUGACCAAAGACACUCCACAGGAGGAAGUUUCACAGAUGAUGGAAGUGAUGGCUUCUAUCAAAGAACAGCUAAACAAGGUGAAGGAGAGAUGUUUACCUCUGCUAAGGGAGUCCCAGUCUCUUUUACCUCCACUGGAAGAAAUGGAGAAAAACAUCACAGGCUUCUACCAGGCUCUGGAGAAGGCCAGUCAUAUCACCAGCACCACAGACUCAGAGGGACCUGUGGACUUUAAACAGAAAUGCCAGGAGUUGGCGACCUUCACACACAGCUGUAAGAAAUGUCUGACAGCAGUAGAGAAAAACCAUCAGACCAUUCAGAAAAUAAUGAGCAGCAGUAAAACCCUCCAGCACAUGGACAUGAGCCUGCUGCAGAAGAGAGUGUCAGAUCUACAGUCCUCCUCACAGGCCAUGAUUAAAGAAUCUACAGAGUGGCGGAAGCAUGUGGAGGUGAACAGCAGCCUGAUGAAGAGGUUUGAUGAGUCACGGUUAGAGCUGGAGAAGGUUCUUAAAAUGGCACAGAACUGUCUGACAGAGAGAGGCGACCCAGAGGAUCUGCUCAAGAAACACACAGAUUUCUUCGGUCAGCUGGAUCAGAGGGUCUUGAAUUCAUUCCUUAAGGCGUGUGAUGAGCUCACAGACAUUUUGCCAGAGCAGGAGCAGCAGUCACUGCAAGAAACAGUCAGGAAACUGCACAAACACUGGAAAGAUAUUCAGACAGAGUCCCCCUUUCACCUCCUACAUCUUAAAGUGGAGGUGGAGAAGAGCAAGCUGAUGGCGCUGCUGCAGGAGUGUCAGGCGGAGGUGACCCGGGAGAACCGCCACCUGGCUAGCAUGGGAAGCGAAAGGCUCAUCAAGGAGCACAGGGCCUUCUUUAGGGAAAAGGGCCCCCUGUCCAUCUGUGAGAAAAGACUGCAGCUGAUGGAGGAACUUUGUCAAAAGCUCCCUGAAGGCGACCCUGUCCACCAGACCUUGGAAAGAGCAAGAAAAGACUACUCUGAGGUCCGAGAGGAAAUCGAGAACACCCAUCAGAAGUUGAUGCAGCAUCAAGAUAAAUGGAAGGACUACAAUGCAAGGUAUGCUGAACUCUCCUGCUGGCUCAUAUCUAAAGAAAGCCAGCUGAGACUGCUGAGAAACCGCGCCAAUGACCCCAGAAAAUACAGCCAGGUCAAGACCACCAUCACGGAGUUGAGAAACGAUGCAGAGCUACAGGAGGGUAAUCUUGGCUGGCUGAAAGCCCGUAUGGCUGUCCUCAUUGAAAUCAGUGCUGACAGCGAAGCCCAGAGGCAAGCAAGUACACUGAGCAAGCUCUCCACUGACUUUAAAGGCCUUCUUGCGUCUCUCAUAGAGGCUGAGAAGAUGGUUCUAGCUGUGGGAGACUGUGUCCAGUUCAGGGAAGAGGUACAGAGUACUUUGGACGAUCUUGUACAAGGGCAAAGAGAGGCUCAGGCUGAAGUGACCAGAGUCCUGGACUGUCCAACAGUGCGGGAAGCCCAACAGCUACUACUUGGUCACCAGCAACUGUUAAAGCGCCUUAAACUGAAGAGGAAGGAUGUCCAACAGCUGAUAAACAGAGGUCAGCAGCUCCAGGCUGAGGAAGGUUUGGGAGAGACUCUGCAGCAGGACCUGCAGAGUUUGGAGAACACACUUAGCAAAAUGGAGCAGAAUAUGGAUUCACAGGAGCAAAGCCUUGAGGUCACACUGGCAGCCUGGCAGGAGUUUGACAGUCAGCAGGAGGCGGUGCAUGAGUUUGUUAAUAAGGCACGAUCAACAAUGGAGAGAGACCUGAACUUCAGCAGUCCAGAGAGCCUGGCUGUUGAACUUGACCAAGCCAGAGUGUUGUUGAAGCAGUCUGAAGCAGAAGCCUCACAUAUGAACACUUUGCUGAAGAGAACAACAGAGAUCCAGCUUGGUCCAAAAAACAAGACUCUGCUCUUACAACAAGCUCGUUCCCUGAGUGAGCAAGUGGACAAAGUCGAGGCUGGGCUCAAGAAAGAUGUAAAGACUCUAGAGGCAAUGAAAACUCAGUGGGAUCAGUUUGGAACUAAGUUUGAAACAUUUUCAUUGUGGAUAUCUGAGAAGGAAAAGCAGCUGGAUACUCUGAAAUCUUCUGCUAUUCCUCUUGAGCAACAGAUCAACACUGUAAAGGCUGUUGGUGCAGAGCUUCAGGAGCGAGCCGAGGUUCCCUCUCAGUUGGAGGUGGAUUCUCAGGCACUAGCCCAGUUUGUGUCUUCAGGGGAGGCAGCUCGAAUCAAGGCCAGACUGACCCAGAUUGGCAGGUACUGGGAGGAGCUGAAGGAGAGUGUACAGCAGCUUGAUGGACAGCUGGAGGAAAGCUCCUCUCACCAGCAGAAAUUCAAAAAUAGCCUUGAGGAGGUGCAAGCCUCCCUUGGUGAGCUCCACACCAAACUGGAACAUCCUAUCAAGUCCUGCACCUCCUCUUCAGAGACCUACAAAGCUCUUCAAAACCACAUGGAUGCCUGUCAACAUCUGGAAAAGCUGAAAGGAACCUUGCUGUCUCUGUCAGCUAGUGCCCGAAGACUGAGUGACAGAGAGCAAGCGGAGAGAACCGUGACAGCACUGAACAGUAGCUAUGACCGAAACGUACAGGAGGCAAAGGAUAAACAGAGCACUUUGGAAAGCCUACUCUCUCUGUGGCAGAAGUAUGAGAAACAGCGAUCAAACUUUGUUUCCUGCUUGGAGAGGAGUGAAUCUACAUCAAAACCAGAGAGUCAAUAUCUGUCUGCUGACAAAGUCAAACUCUGCACAGAGUUACAAGAUUUGCAGGCCUUGCACUCUGAGGUCCAGUCUCUGGAGCUUGCUUAUGCUGAACUGGUUUCUUUGGGGACCUCUUUGUGUCCAACUGCACCAGAAGAAGGAGUAAAGCAGCUGAAAGACGAGCUGGAGACUCUGCAGAAGAGGCUGCAUGUUCAAAACCAAGUCCUUCCACAAAGGAUCGAAGACCUUCAGAACCACCUCUCUCUGGUUGAGCAGUUCGACCAGGCCCUGGUUAAAUUCUCCCAGUGGAGUGAGGGCAUGCUCUCGAAUCUGCACUCAGCUGCUCAAGUAAACAUCAGCAACCUGCAGUCUGCCACCGCACAAGUAAAAGAGACCCAGGCAGCCUUGCAGAAACAGUCUGGUGUAAGACAGAGCUUGGAGCAGCAAGCAGAGAAGCUCUGUAAGUUUUGUGAGCCAGGAGAUGCACAGCUCCUCCGUAGCAGAGCAGACAGCUGUCUGCAGCCCUACAUGGAGGCCCACCACACCGCUGAGCUCCAGUUAGAGUGUCUUGAAAGGCUUGAGGCUUUUCUUCAGACACACAGUGUGGCCACAGGGGUGUUACGUGGUCUAAAGCAGACUGUUGAGAGCGCUGGAAGCUGGGAUCGUGGAAAAGUAGAGGAGCUGCAGCAGGAGCUGGCGACUAUUGUCCCAGACAUUACCCAGCUGGAGACUCUGGCUGUCAAUCUGGACAGCAGUUUAUGCAAAAGCCAUCUCCACAUUGGUGCUGAUGAGGGUUCUCGUAAAUCCUGCCGCAUGCUGGCUGAUUCCCUCAGCGCUGAGCUGGAUGCAGUAAGGAAUUUGCUUGGUAGUAAACAGAGUGAAGCAGAGGCCCUAGGAGCUCUAUGGACCUCAUUUAGACAGCGUAAAGAACAGCUGCUCAAAGCUGUGGAGGACAUUGAAGAGAAAGCUGACCACCAGAGCUUCAAAGAGCCCAGCCUACAUGCUCUGCAGCAAAGGCUGAGGUUCUUCAAUCAGAUGGAGGAUGAGCUCCAGUCACACCAGCAUGAGGAGCAGUGGCUGAGGGACAAAGGCAACCAGUUGGCCCAGAGAGAUGCAGAGUUGGCUGGAGAGGUACUGAGGGAAAUCAGUCUGCUGGAGACCACAUGGGAAGACACCAAGAAGCUCAUCACAGAGAGACAAGAGCAGAGCAACGUUCUCGUUGAGCUGAUGAGAGAAUACCAAAUACUGAAAACCUCCAUCAGCAGCAUCAUUGAGAGUACUGAGCCUCUGGUUGAUAUAAGCUCGGUCCUGAAGGACUACGAAGAGACAAGGAGGUCUCUAACCAAGCAUGAGACCGUGAAGGUAGAGAUGGCCAGCAAGCAGCAUGAACUGGAUCAUUUCUCUAGUAAAGGGAAGCAACUGGUGGUUGAACUGAAGAAGAUCCCAGACUGUGAUGCUCCAAUGUUAAAAAAGGACAUGGAGACACUUGUUGAUCAGUGGCUGGAUGUAUCAGAGAAGAUAGAUGACAACAUCGAUCGCCUGAACCAGAGUUUGGCGCUGUGGGAUGAUGUGCGGAAAAUCAGUGAAGACACUGAGAGCUGGACGAGCAGCUGUGUGAUGGAGCUAAAUGAGAGCCUAAACAAUCUCAAUGACAGUCAGAAAGUGUCUGCAAGGCUCUCCAAGCUCCAGGCGGAGAUGGGUGAGAAGGAGCAGAAACUUGAAACCCUGCAGAGCAAAAUUACAGAGCUGAAGAAAUGCUGUCAGAGUGAGGAGACCCCAGCUAAAUUACAGGUGCUGGAGAAUGACCUUCGUAAAAAGAUCAACUCUGUUCAGAAGCUACACGAGCAGGCCAAAGGAAACCUCACAGACUUCACCUCGCAAAGAAAACAGCUUGAGGACUACAUCUCACAGAUGUCUGCAUGGCUUAAAAGUAUGGAGGAUUCCCUUGUUUCCUCUCCCACUGGAUCAGAUCCAGAGGACAUCUGCAGAGUAAAGGACCUCCAGAAAGAGCUGCAAAAUCAGCAGGGCAGUAUUGACUCCACCAGAGAGAGCCUCAACACCCUGUGUCGUAAAUAUCCCUCUGAAGAGCUCGCUGGCUUGGGUUCAGCCCUCACAGACCUCAUCAAGACCUACGAGUCUGUGAAUCAGCUUUCUGCCAGGACACUGGUGUCUCUGCAAAACUGUCUGCAGCAGCAGUUCAAUGAUCUGGUUCAGGAGUUUCAUCGCUGGCUUUCAGAGCAGAGGGAGAUAGUGAAAGAAUGCUCUGACCGAUCUGGAGACACACAAAUUGUUGAACGCAAAUUACAGAAACUGAAGGGUGCCAUGGAUCGUGUGGAGGAAGGUGAGGUACGCCUUACUCAAGUCUGUGAAGAAGGAGAGAAGCUCUUACUCCAUCUCCCCAAAGCCAGUGCUGGUCAGGUCCAGCAGCACCUCUCCUCCAUCCAGCAGGACUGGGACAGCUUUGUGGAGCAGUGCAGACAGAACCAGCAGAUCCUGGAGGACAGUGCAUCCCUAAUGAAAGGAUUUGAGGGUCGCCUCAAAAAGCUCAGGUGGUGGUUGGAGCACAUGGAAAAGAGAAUGACGACAGAUCUUCUUGAAGCCAAACAACGGGGUCCUGAAAAGGCAGUGCUAGAGCAGGUGGAGGAAUAUCAGCAGGAGGUGCUCAAGGAAAGGGAUUCAUUUGAGCGCUUAUGUCAGGAGGGACAGGCGCUGAAUGAAGGUGGGCGAGGAGACGGUAGUGAGACACGAGUGUCGGCUCAGCUGCAGUCACAGCACCAGGCUUUACUGAGACGUGUGAGAGAGAGGCUGCGCAGCUGCCAGGUCACUUUACAGGAGCAACAGGCUUUUGAAGAGACACUACAGACUACCUGGGGCUGGCUUAAUGGAGUCCAAGAGCGCCUUGCUUCACUCAACAGCACAGUUGGCAAUAAAGAGACACUUGAGAAAAGACUUGGUCUCGUACAGGAUAUCCUGCUAAUGAAAGGUGAAGGAGAAGUGAAGCUUAACAUGACUGUAGGAAAAGGAGAGCAAGUCCUGAAACACAACAGAAUGGAGGGGCAGGAGGCCAUUUGUUCACAGCUACAGAACCUAAAAGAUGCCUGGGCCAAUAUGUUAAUGACUUCCAUGAGUUGCCACAGUCGUCUGGAGUGGACCGUGGCCCAGUGGACAAGCUUUCAGGAGAGUAAAAGCCAACUGCAGCAGUGGAUGGAGUCAGUGGAGCAGGAGGUGGGGAUGACUCUGCCUCAGCAGCCUGGCCUCAAAGAGAAAUCGGCUUUGCUUGAGCGCCUCAGGGCAAUCCAGGCUGAUGUGGAUGCUCAUGCAGCAGCACUGUCACGCCUUACAGACAAAGCAGUGGAGAUGCAUGAAAAAACUGGGGACCAGACCUUUGGACCAGAGUCAAGGGCAGAGCUAAAUGCACACUUCGCUGAUAUCUCAGCUGUUGUCAAGGGCAAGGUGCAGUCGAUGCAAAACAUUGUGUCUGAACACGAGCAAUACCUCGACGCCGUGAGAGACUUCAAUGACUGGCUCAUUUCAGCAAAAGAGGAACUCCAGAGAUGGUCAGAUCUGUCAGGAGACUCAGUCUCUAUUAAAAGAAAGCUCUCCAAAGUACAGGAGUUGCUUGACUCCAAGCAGCGAGGCAGAGAAAGGCUGAAUCGGGUACAAAGAUGUGGGGCAGUGGCGAGGGAUCACACUGGUUCAGGGGGUUAUGAGGCCAUGGAGCGAGAGGAAGCAGCCCUAGUGUCUUCAUGGGAACAGUGGGAACGUGGAGCACUGCAGACUAGGGCUAGUCUGGAGACUGCCCUCACCCAGAUAGCCAGCUCUGAACAAGAGUUCAACAGCCGGUCGGCACAGCUGGAGCAAGACCUGCGAGAUCUCGGCCGACAGCUAAAGGACUGGCGUCUGCGGCUGGCCCAAGCAGAGGGGAAAAACAUCGGAGAGGAGGCAGUAAAAGGCUGGCAGAUAGCAAAGGAAACUCUGGAGGAGCUUGUCAAAGCUGAGCCGCUGUCUGAUAGUCUAAAGACUCAACUCAAUGACCUGUGCCGGUUCUCCAGAGACAUGGGAACACAGUCUGAGAGAGUUUCUGCUCUCAUUAAGGAAUACAACAGUCUCAGUCUCCAAGCAUCAAGGGAGUGCCAGAGCAAAGAGAAACUGCUAGAACAAGGGUUUCGCUCAGCCUUCAGAGAGUUCCAGCAGUGGUUGGUCAAUGCCAAGAUCAACACAGCCAAGUGCUUUGACGUCCCUCAGAAUCUCAGUGAGGCCUCAUCCAGUCUGCAGAAGAUUCAGGAGUUUCUAAGUGACAGAGAACAGGGUCAGUCUAAGCUGAACGCUGUGGUUGUCAGCGGUGAGCUUGUCUCUACUAUUGCAGCUAAAGACAAAGUAGAUGCAGUUCGAGCUAAGAUGAACACAGCCAAAGAGGACUGGAAAAAUAUCAUGUCAAACCUGCACAACAGAGAGACGAGCCUUCAAAACCUUUUAUCUCAGAUGAAAGAUUUUGAGGCGAGUGCUGAGCCUCUUCAAGAGUGUCUGAAUGCAACAGAGCUGGCUGUGCAGGAGAGCAGCACAAGGCUUCAUGAUCUCACAGCCAAAAAACAAGAGCUUCACAAGUUACAGGAGAAGGCAUCACGGAUUGACCGAAUAGCCACUGAACACCAGCUUUUCUCCCAAGGGCUGAAGGAGCUGCAGAACUGGGUGGCGGACACCAGCCACAUGCUGCAAACCUACUGUGCCCCCACUGCAGACAAAAAUGUGCUAGAUAGCCGGAUGAUCAAGCUUGAGGCCUUGCUGACUGCACGUCAGGAAAAAGAGAUCCAACUAAAGAUGCUGAUCACAAGAGGAGAAUCAGUUCAGAGAAACACCUCAGCUGAAGGAGUACCUGUAGUCCAAAAGCAAAUACAGGAUCUAAAAGAUUCCUGGGAUGCCUUACUCUCUGCCUCAAUCCAAUGCAAAAGUCAGCUAGAAGGGGCCCUGUCUCAGUGGACCAGUUAUCAGGAGGAUGUUCGCCAGUUUGUGGCUUGGAUGGAACGUGUGGAGGAAAGUCUUGAUCCCACUGACAAACAGUGCCCAGAGAUGAGGGACAAAACUGCCAACCUUAGCAAAACCAAGUUGCUGUAUGAGGAAGUGCUCAGCCACAAUAGUCUGCUGGAAACCAUUACUGCAAAAAGUGUCAGUAUCUCUGAGAGCUUUGUCACUCAACUCGAGCUUCAAGACCUGCAAGAGCGCUAUAACACUAUGAAAGACAAUGCAAUGAGGGCAGUAGCUAAUGCAGAGGAGCUGGUAAAAGCCCACCAUGAGUACCAACGGGGCCUCCAUGCCUUUGAAGACUGGCUGGAAUUAGAACAAGAAAAGCUUGGCUGCUAUACUCAGCUGGAGGGGGAUGUGGACAUGCUGGAGGAGACCCUGCAGAAGCUGCAGGAACUGCAGCUGCACUGUACAGAGGGCCAGGCUUUGCUUAAUACCCUGCUGGUCAGUCGGGAACUGGUCAUUCCCUGGGGCCUGCCUCAGAUUGAAGACCGAGCACUGGAGACCCUGCAGCAGGAGUGGAGGAUGUACCAGGCACGACUGGCUGACACCCGCUCUCAGCUCAACAGUGCUCUGGCCAAACUCAGGCAGAUGGAGCAGAAGUUUCAGUGUCUUGACAGCUGGCUGAAGGGCAUGGAGACCAAAGCACAACUACGGAGCCAUCGACGGUCUGAUCGAACCACCAAAGACGCCCAGCUCCAGCUAAUAAAGACCUGGCAGGAGGAGGUGCUGGUUUAUCAGGAGGAGAUGGAGGGACUCAGUCUCUUGGCUCAGCAAGUUCUGGAUGAGACUCAUAUCAGCAGUCAGAUCAGUAGCAGAGCCACUAAGAUCACAGCCCGCUACCACGUCCUGCUUCUGCAUUUACUGGAGACGAUCAAACAGCUCCAGGAGGAAGUGUCUUGCAUUGAAGAGGCACAGUGUGUCUUCAGCACUUUCUCAGACUGGCUCAGCACGGCUCAGAAUAACUUCAGCACGGUGGCAAUCAGCGUUGAUGCAGUGGACCGUUUUGCAAUGGAGAGGAAGAUGAAAAAGCUAGAGGCUCUUCAGGCUGACAUGGAUCAAGGUCACACUUACUUAAAGACAAUGAGGGAGAAGACAGAGCGAGCCAUGGCGUUCUUAGAGGAGCCAGAGGCAGAGCAGCUGAAGGAGGAGGUGGAUACACGUCUUUCCCAACUAACAGAGCUGACGGAAGCUCUGCGCACUGAGCACAGCUCCCUUGAGAAAUGUAUUUCCCUCUCUAAAGACUUUAUGGAGAAAUACAAGGCCCAGGCCCAGUGGGUGAGGGAGACCAAGAACCUUUUAGCCUCUAAUGUGGAGCCUAAAGCUGAACUUUACCAGAAGAAGGCUCAGCUAGCAAAGUACAAGACCAUCCAGCAGACAGUGCAGUCUCAUGAGUCAGCAGUGAAAUCUGUCUUUGAGAAAGGAGAAGCCCUGCUGGACACGGUUCAUGAUGCCACUAUAAGUGAAAAAAUGAAGAAGCUGCAGGCUGACUACCAAGAUCUCUGCUUAGCAGCUAAGACACAGGUCCAGAACCUUGUGGAGUGGGUGAAGGAGCACGAAGAUUACAACAGUGAACUGCAGGAAGUGGAGAAGUGGCUUUUACAGAUGUCCAGUCGACUGGUCACCUCUGACUCCAUGCAGACCAGCGGCAUGGAGAUGGCCACUCAACAACUUGCUCGACACAAGGCAAUAAUGGAAGAGAUAGCAAGUUUUGAGGAACGUCUCAUCAGCCUGAAGCAGAAAGGGGAAGACCUUGUGGCCAGCUGUACAGAUCAAGUUCAAGCAAAGAUCAGUCAACAAGUCCAGGCUCACCAGCAGGGGACCAGGGACAGCUACUCUGCCAUUUGCAGCACUGCCCAACGUGUGUAUCAGAGCCUGGACCGGGAGCUGCAGAAACACGUAAGCCAUCAGGACACUCUACAGCAGUGCCAAACCUGGCUCUCCACAGUGCAGGAGGAGCUUCAGCUCAAUGAUCAGGGACCAACUGGUCUGCAGGAAGCGCUGAAGCAGGUGAAGCACUACAGGGCCCUGCAGGAACAGGCCAGCACUUACCUGGACCUGGUGUGCUCUGUAUGUGAUCUGUCUGAUGAUGCUGUUAGGGUGGCAGCUGCAGAGGUCCAGCAGGUCAAACUCACGAUAGAGGAAAGGAUGUCCAGUGCUCAGGAGCUUUCAGAGGGCUGGAGGGAGAUCAAGGAGCAGAAACAAGAUCUGACCAGUCUGUUUCAGGAUAUGGAGCAGCAGCUCCUCAGCUUCUCCAGAAGGCCAGCAGAGUUGGAGGCCAAGAUAGCUCAAAACAUGCUGUCACAAGCCAAGGAAUGCAGCCAGCAACUGCAGUCCAAACAGAGUAUGCUGACCAAGAUGACGGAGACUGUGAGCAGACUGACGGGUGGCCAGGACUCUCCGGAACACGCCGAGCUCGACCGUCUGAGCCAUUCCUGGCUGGAGCUCUGUCACCAGGCCAAUAAGCUGCAAAACCAGAGAGAAGAAGACCUGCAGAGAUCUAAAGAAUACCACGACUGUAUCUCUGCAGUGGAGGCUCUGUUUGAACAGGUGUCCAAAGAGUGGGACAAUCUGGCCAGAACGGAUGCUGAAAGUUCAUCUCAGCAUUUGGAGGCUUUAAGGCGGCUUGCAGUAACUCUGGAUGAACAAAAAGGCACUCUUGAAGACCUGAAAGAACAGAAACAAAAAGUAAUCCAGCAUUUGAACUUGGAUGACAAGGAGCUGGUGAAGGAACAGAUCAGUCACUUUGAGCAGCGCUGGACUCAGAUGCAAAACCUCAUUGAAAGGAAAAUCCAGGACUCAGUGGUGACCCUGGAAGAAAUGGGCCAAGUAGAGGCUCGUCUGAGGGAAGCUCGAGACUGGGCAGAGGAGCAGCAGCCUGCCCUGUCUGAGGCCAUGAAAAUGAGCCCUCCUCCAGAGCUGGCACAGAGUUUCCUGUUUGACCACCUGAGCAUCUGUAGUGAAUUAGAGGCGAAACAGCUCCUGCUAGCUCAGGCCAUGGCUGAUGCUGACAGGGUUCUGGCUCGUUUGGGCCUCAGUGAACGCCAACGUUUACAGCAGCUUAUUGUCGACACUCAAUCAGAGGUAGAAUCUCUGAGUGAGAAGGUUGUGCAGCGCAGAAAACACCUCAGCAAGGCUUUCACAGAGAGGACACAGUUCCUGAUGGCGGUGAAUCAGUCCAUUUCCUGGGUGCAGCAAAAUGAGAAGAAGGCCCAGACAGAGGAGUAUAUUGCUUUGUUACCUGAUGACUUGGCCAAGCAGGUGAGAACUUGUAGAAACAUUCAAAGCAGCCUGAAGGCCUAUCAGAGCGAGCUGACCUCCCUGUGGUCUCAGGGGAGGGACCUAAUGAGGGAUGCCAGUGAAGAAGAAAGGAAUGAGAUCCUCACAAAGUUGCAGGAGUUACAAAACAUCUUCGAUAAAACACUACACAGAUGUGGCCAGAAACUGCAGGAGCUUGAAAAGGUGCUUGUUUCCAGAAAAUAUUUCAAGACUGACCUGGAGAAGAUAUGCCUGUGGAUAAAACAAGCUGAUAUCGUCACCUUCCCUGAAAUCAAUCUGAUGGUUGGAGAUGCUGAAUUAGAAGCUCAACUACUGAAGUAUCAGCACAUCAUUGAGCAGGCAAUUGAAUAUGAGAAUCUUCUUCUAAUAGUUCAAAGAGCUGGCCAGGAAAUAUUGCCCAGUCUGAAUGAAGUAGACCAUUGCUAUUUGGAUGAAAAACUCAACACCCUCCCCCAGCAGUAUAACAGCAUAUUAGCACUAGCCAAAGAAAAGCAGGAGAAAAUCCAGCAGGCCAUUCUCACUAGGAACGAGUACACCUCUUUCAUAGAUGUCACCCAUAAAGCCUUGAAGGAGCUUGAAGAACAGUUCAAUCAUCUAGGUGAUCAGCCUGUUGGGCUGCAGACUGAAGAGGUUGUCAGCCUGCAGAGUGAUUAUAAAGCAAUCCAGGCAGAUCUGACCAGCCUUGGUCUAGCUGUGAGUGAACUGAACCAAAAGAAAGAGGGAUUUCGUAGUACUGGCCAGCCGUGGCGGCCAGAGGAAAUGACACAGCUUGUGAGCCUUUACAACGGUCUAAAGAGGCUGAUUGAACAGAAAGUUGAGCAUCUGGAUGAAACCUUGGAGUCCUUUGAGGAUCACAAGGCGAUGGCUAUGCAGGUUGACUCUGAGUUAAAGGCCACAAAAGAGCAGCUUGUCAAAGUCAAUGCAGAGACGCAAUCCGCUGAGGAGAGGCUCAAAAACUACCACGCUCUGGCAGGAAGUCUCCAGAGUGCCAACUCUCACCUGUCACGGCUCAUGGAGCAGAUGGACACUCUCGCACCCCGCGUGGAACAAGCAGCCCAUGAUGCCUCUAAGGAACAAGUGGUUCUGUGGCAGGAGGAGCUGCGGUCUUUGCAGGCUGCAGUAGGGGAGCUGAUAGAAGAGUGUGAGAACAGGUUUGUUCAAAGUAAAGACUUUGAGACAGAGAUGAAACGGACUCUGGACUGGCUGCAGCAGGUCCGGGAUGAGCUGGGUUACGCUGUGAUUGUUGAUGUGAGGGUGGAGAAGGUGCAGGAGGAGAUCAGAAAGCAGCAAAUCAUGCAAGAGGAAGUGCAGUCAAGACUGAGAAUAGUCGCUGCUCUUAGCAGCAGAGAGCAACAGAAGUACACCAGUGCCAAUGAGCUUGUUCCCACCCAUGUCGAUACAAGCCUGGAAGAAAUGGCAAAGCUGCAGGCAGAUGUUCAGAAAGCUCUGAGCUCCAAACAGAUUACUCUGGAAGAAGCCCUGGUGUUGUGUCAGAAGUACCACUUCAGGAUGCAGUCAGCCUGUGAAUGGCUGGAGGAUGCCGUGUCCUUCCUGCAGCAGGCAAGUCUGGGUGUGGACGUGGAGAACUAUGAGGAGUGUCUCAGACAGCAGGGGGACAUCAUGGCAACAGAGCAGGAGUUCCUAAUUCAUUUGGAAGAACUGCAGGCUCUGCUGCCCACGUUGGAGAACCUGGUCAACCCCACAACCAAAGAGCAGCUUCGUGUGAGUGUCGAGUCAGCAAAGCAGAGAGGUGUUGAGGUCAGGGAUCAGCUCCAGUGCCACCAUGAUGUCCUUCACAGCUGUGUGGAUCAGUGGAAGACUUACCAGGAGGCAAGGCAGACUGUCAUUGAGCUCAUGAAUGAGGCUGAAAGGAAACUGACAGAAUUUUCCACUGCAAAGGCUGGCACAGGCCAAGAAGCUGAAGAUAAGCUUUGCAGUCAUCGGUCUCUUGUAUCGCUGGUGAAUGGCUUUCAAGAGAAGCUAAGUGGUCUAGAGGAGCAAGCUGCUCAGCUGGAGCUAGUAGGCAGUGAUGCUAGUAAAGCCACCAUCAGUCGCUCCAUGACCACCGUGUGGCAGCGCUGGACUCGAUUGCGAAGCGUAGCACGGGGACAGGAGAGGGUACUUGAGGACACAGCACAGGAAUGGAGGACUUUUAGAGAGAGGAUGGUAAAGGUGCGAGCCGUCUCAGAUGAGCUCCAAAGUCGCUUCCCAGACAGCGCUGUGGAGAAAGCUUCCAAAGCCACCCUGCAGUCUCUGUUGGACCAGCAUGAUCUGCUGAGCCAAGACCUGGAGAGAGAGCUCUCUUCCCUAACACUGCUGCGCCAGUACGCUCUGAGCCUGCUGCAUGAUGUGGAAGUGCCUUCACCAACAAAUGAGCAGGAUGAGCUGCCCAGCCUGAAGGAGAUCAGAGCUGUACAAGACCAAAUGGAGAGCCUCCUGACUCAGUCUAAGACCAAGCGAGCUCAAGCUGCUCAGGAACUGAGGGACAGAGAGGAAGUGGAGAAGGAACUUAGUGUCGUGAAAGCCUGGAUUCAGGAAACCAGGGAGCUUCUCCUCAACCCCACUCCAGAUAUUGAUUCUUUGCUGCAGGAGCUGGAGGUUGUACAUGGAGAUGUGAUCACUUAUCGUCAGAAUGUGGAUAAAUUAGCUGAGCAGCAACAAAGUAAAUACCUGGACCUCUACACCAUACUGCCCUCUGAGAUCUCUAUGCAGCUGGCUGAAGUCUCACUUGCACUGGGUGCUAUUGAAGAUCAGGUUCUCUCUAAAGAGAGAGAAAUUCAAAGAACGAGAGAAAUAAAAGAGAACUUCAGCUCCAGAAUCCAUGACAUCUCUGAAAAACUCAAAGCAAUAUCAGCUAAAUUUAAGGAAAAAUCUCCUGAUGUUGAUCAUGCAAAAGAAGAAGUCAAAAGCCUAGCUGAAGACUUGGACAGUUGUGGUCGCACCCUUGCAGAACUUGACGCUGCUGUGCAAGAUUUCGGCCGAAGAAACCCCCUGCUGGCCAAACAGCUCGGCGACGCCAUCAGCAAGCUAUCAGAGAUGCAUCAUCAUACAACACGGCUUGCAGACUGCAGAAACAACUGGCUUAAAAAGGCUGUCUGUUAUUUAGAUGAGUAUAAUGAGAUGUUAGACUUCAUUUUGAGGUGGUCGGAGAGAGCCAAAAGUCUAGUGAGGGCAAAUAUCAUCUGGAACUCCUCUGUUCAUCUGCAAGAGCAGAUACGAAUGUACCAGGCUGUCCUGCGUGAGUCUCGGGAGCUCCACGGAGAUCUGGAGUCAAUGGCAGAGAAAGUAGAGCUCCUGUCUGAGGUGCUGCAGGUCGAGUCUCUGAGCCAGCAGGUUUGUGAACUCAGUCGACACACUGAGGAGCUGCAGCAGAUAAUCAAGACACGACUGCAGAGCUUGGAGGAUGCAAACAAGAGUAUGGAGGCCCUGGAGUACGAAGUUAAGGCCUUACAUGUUGCUCUAGAGCAAGUCCAAGCGACCCUGACAUCUCCAGAGUUGUCACGCCAGAGCCUCAAAGAACAGCUGGCUCAGAGACAGCGUCUGUUGGCAGACAUGGAGGGCUUCAAGCAGCAGGUGCAGGCGGUGCAGCUCUGUCAGAGUGCACUGCAGGUCCCAGAGGAGGUUAUGCCUAACCUUGCCAUCUGUCGCACAGCGCUGCGUCUGCAGCAGGAAGCUAGUCAGCUGCAGCAUGUGGCUAUUCAGCAAUGCAACAUCCUACAGGAGGCUGUGGUGCAGCAUGAGCAAUAUGAACAGGAAGUCAGAGACCUCCAGGGGCUGAUUGAGGAAGCACACCGAGUCAUCCAAGACCGACCAAUCCCCUCAAACAACAUCCAGGAGCUGCAGGCCCAGAUCCUCCAUCAUGAAGAACUGGCCCAGAAGAUCAAAGGUUAUCAAGAGCAGAUUGCCUCACUAAACUCAAAAUGCAAGAUGCUGGCAGUGAAGGCGAAGCAUGCCACCAUGCUGCUGACAGUGACUGAUGUGGAGGGACUGCCUGAGGGACUGCAGGAGAUGGAUGAAGAGGAAUCCAAGAAAUCUUCAGCACAGGCUGUCAUGAUGACAGCUGGCCGCUGUCACACCCUCCUGUCUCCUGUAACUGAGGAGUCUGGUGAGGAGGGCACUAACAGCGAGGUCUCUUCUCCUCCUGUCUGUCGCUCUCCGUCUCCCAUCACUUACACUGAGGCCACUAUAACCAAGAUGGGAAGAGGAACACUCACAAGAGCUCCAAUCCAAGAAUUAUAUGACCCGACUUUUGAGUCUGUGGCCAACUUAGAUGACUUGCAGCGCUCAUGGGAGACUUUAAAGAACGUGAUUAGUGAGAAGCAGAGAUCCCUGUAUGAAGCUCUGGAAAAGCAGCAACAUUACCAGGGUUCACUGCAGUCAAUCUCUUCCAAAAUGGAGGCUCUGGAAGCCAAACUGAGUGAGCCUCUGGAGGCAGAUAAAAGCCCAGAUAGCCACAUUAAGGCACACGAGGGUCUGAGAGAGGAGAUCCAGAGUGUGCAGGAGGAAAUAAACAGGCUACAGAGGAACUUCACAGAAGAUGUGGCCUCAGAGGCCAUGGACACAGAUGUGGCUGACCAGCUGGCCAUGCAGUCUUCCCUCGCUGUUUUAGCUGAGAGGAUGGCCACCAUCCACAUGAAGGCCUCAGGGAAACAGCAAGUACUGGAGGAGCGUGUUUGCGACCGUCUGGAGGGUGAACGUCAAGAACAGGCCAUGCACCUCCAUCAGUCCCGGACAGAUGAACUGGAGCAGUGGCUGAUCAGAAUGCGCGGUGCUGUAGCCUCCAUCCUCGAACCUCCAGAGGAGACAGACAUGGAAGAUCAGCUGGCUGAAUGUCAGAACAUGCUCCUGGAGAUUGAAGAGAAGGUGUUGGCCCUGUCUGAGCUGUCCAUGCACAGUGAGAACCUGCUGCUGGAGGGACGGACAGAGACCAGGGAGGAAGCCGAACAGCUGGCCCGGAAGUUACGCACACUGAAGGGCGGCCUGUUGGAGCUGCAGAGGAUGCUGCAGGACAAGCAGAUGAAUAUCCAGGGCUCGCUGCAGGAGCAGGAGGACAGUGAAUCAGACUCCAGUCUCUCUCAGAGUCCCAGUGUGCAGGACUGGCUGGCCCAGGCACGGACAACGCGUUCCCAACAGCACCAGGACAGCCUCCAGAGACAAAGGGAAUUGGAGGAGCAGCUAGCAGAACAGAAAAAGUUGCUCCAGUCUGUUGCGAGCAGAGGAGAGGAGAUUCUCAUCCAGCAGGCCUCACCAAGCAGUGCCAGUACAACAGAACCGUUUUCAUCAGCAGCUUUGGUUGAGAGAGAAUCUCAGGCUGCUCGAGAGCAGAUGAGACAGAGAUGGGAAAGUCUGAGACUGGAGCUCAGAACCAAAUUGCAGCUCCUCCAGAAAACACUUGAGCAGGACCACAAACAGCCGGUGUUUUCCAGGCCUCCUCGUGUGACCACGGCUGGAUCUCUAUAUGAAGAAGAACCACAGACUGACAAAUCCUCCCUGAAGACUCUGUAUGACAGCUUCAGACAAACAAUAGAAGACAUGACCGCUCAGCCUGGUGGUGGUGAGACACGGGUGCCGCAGAUGGAACAGCAGCUCUACGCAGCUGUGUCGUCUACCUCCUCCUGGCUGGAUGGUGUGGAGAAUAAUGUCUUCUCUGGCUCAGUGCUGCUGGCUGAAAACCCAGAGACUCAGCUACAAAAGCAGGAGACCUUAGAGAACGAUGUGAGGCAUGUCACAGAGGACGUGAAGCUGAGCCAAGGUCUGCUAGCAGGGACUUCAGGGCUGAGACAAGAGGACCGAGCGCUGCUAGAGGACAACCUGGACUGCCUGAAAGAGCGAUUAGGAGCUCUGAGUUGUGCUUUGGGGCAGCGCUGCGAUCACAUGAGAACAAGAGCACAUGAGCUCACAGCAUAUCAGACUGAGUUGCAGCUUCUUCAAACUGCUUUAAUUGAGACAAAGUGCCAGAUCCUGCAGGCCUUAGCUGGAGCCAUGGAUAGACCCGCCCCAAAACAACUGGAGGUAAUACUUGGGCAUUCACAAGUUAUUGGGAGUGCAGAGGAGAGUCUGAAAGACUAUGAGCAGAGGAUAACAGAGCUCAAAACCAGAGGAACAGCACUGCAGGCAGAUCAGAUAUCGACAAACAAAAUACUGAAACUUCAGGAUUCAUAUGAGGAGCUGGUGAUGACAGUUGGAUCCAGGCGCAGUGGGUUGAACCAGAACAUGGCUCUGAAAGAGCAGUAUGAGCGGGCUCUGCAGGACCUGGCUGACCUGGUGGACACGGCGAAAGAUAAGAUGGCUGCAGAUCAGAGGAUCAUUGCCAGCUCCUAUGAAGAAGUCCAGAAUCACCUGGACAAACAUAAGGAAUUUUUCCAGGGUCUGGAGUCUCAUAUGAUUCUAACAGAAACAUACUUCAGAAAAAUCAGCGCUCUGAUGCUUCCCAAAGAGAGUCAGGCCCUGGAGGAGACACUGGCGGAGGCUCAGAGCGUCCUCAAAGAGGCGCACAGCAAAGGAGUAGAGCUGGAGUGUAUCCUGGAGACUUGGUGCCGCUUGGUACAGGAUUAUCAAAGUCUAAAUCGGCAGUUGGAAGCAGUCGAAGGAAGUAUCCCGUCUGUCGGCCUGGUGGAAGAGACUGAGGAAAGACUCAUGGACAGAAUCUCAUUGUAUCAGGGCUUAAAGGGGAGACUGACAGAACACCAGCACAAGCUCUACCAGGUGCUGGAUGAGGGCAAACAUCUCCUGCUGUCAGUGUGUUGUCCUGCUCUGGAGAAUCAGCUCGCUCUCCUGGGUGAACACUGGCUCAACAACACUGCAAAGAUCAACAAGGAGCUACAGCGCCUGGAGGCAAUACUGAGACACUGGACCAGGUAUCAGAGGGAGUGUGCAGAGCUGAGCCAGUGGCUGCAGUCUGCUCUGGAGCGUCUGGAGUUUUGGAACACGCAGGCGGUGUUGGUCCCACAGGAGCUGGAAACUGUCAGAGACCAUCUCUCUGCUUUUCUUGAGUUUUCAAAGGAAGUUGAGAGCAAAUCCAGUUUGAAGAGCUCAGUAGUAACUGAAGGUAACCAGCUGCUGCGUCUGAAGAAAGUCGACACUGUGGUACUACGGUCUGACCUUGCUCGUAUUGACACUCAGUGGACUGAGCUGCUCACACGCAUCCCAGUGGUCCAGGAGAAGCUGCAUCAGAUCCAAAUGGAGAAGUUGGCCUCCCGUCAUGCCAUAUCUGAGCUGUUUAACUGGAUAGCACUGAUGGAGAAUGUCAUCGAGGAGGAUGAGGAAAACCUCAAGAGUGCAGUGGGUUCCAAUGUGAUUCAGGACUACUUACAAAAAUACAAGGGCUUCAGAGUGGAUUUAAGCUGUAAGCAGCUGACUGUGGACUUUGUCAACCAGUCAGUGCUGCAGAUCAGUGGUCAGGAUGUGGAGAGCAAGCGCAGCGAUAAAACAGACUUUGCUGAGCGACUUGGUGCCAUGAACCGCCGCUGGCAGAUACUACAAGGCCGCAUAAAUGAGAGGAUUCAGUUUCUGGAGAGCCUUCUGGGGAUGUGGUUGGAGUAUGAGAGCAGCGUUCAGGCCCUGAAGUCAUGGAUGGGAAUGCAGGAGGAGAGGUUAAAGAGGAAACCUCGGAUAGAGGAUUUGACUUCAGUGCAGAAUGCUCUAAAAGACUGCCAGGAAAUGGAAGGGUUGGUGAAGGAAAAAGAGAAAGAACUAGAGAGGGUGGAGGAACAGGGCUGUGCCCUCGUCCAGAACAAGACCGAUGAGGCCUGUGCUAUCGUCAUGGAGACGCUCCAGGGUGUCAAUCACACCUGGGCUAACUUGGACCACUUGAUAGGGCAACUAAAAAUCAGCCUGAAGUCAGUGCUAGAUCAGUGGAGUCUGUACAAGAAGGCUUCAGAGGAGAUCAAUGGUCACCUGAUGGAGGGAAGGUACUCUGUAUCCCGUUUCCGCCUCCUUACAGGCUCCCUGGAGGCUGUUCAGCUCCAGGUGCAAAGUCUGCAGGAUCUGCAAGAGGAACUGGAGAAACAAGAGAGCAGUCUGAGGAAGUUUGGUGCUGUGACCCACCAACUGCUGAAGGAGUGUCACCCCUCAGUGUCAGACUCUCUCAACAGUGCCCUUAAAGAUGUCAAUGCAAGAUGGACCGGUUUACUGGAGGAGAUUGCAGAGCGUCUGAGAAGCAGCAAAGCCCUUCUCCAGCUCUGGCAGCGCUACAAAGAGCUCUAUGAGCAGAGCUGCAGCAGCAUCCAGCUGCAGGAGGAAAAAGCAGACCAACUGCUGAAGCUCGCCUGCAGCAAGGACAUCGCUGAUGAGGAAGUGUCCGACUGGAUCCAAGAAUGCAGCGAGGUGCUCCGGUCUCAGGCUCCAGUGCAGGCCUCCCUGCAGGUUCUUCAUGAGUUAGGAGACCAGCUGAAGCAGCAGGUGGACACAUCAGCAGCCUCUGCCAUUCAGUCAGAUCACCUCUCUCUCUCCCAGCGGCUGUCUGCUGUGGAGCAGGCCUUAAACAGACAACUCACCACCCUGCAGACUGGAGUUCAAGACUAUGAAACCUUUAAUGAUCAGCUGGAUUCUCUGGGCUGCUGGAUAGUCGAAGCCGAGGACGCUCUGAAGGUACAAGAUCCCAAUGGCUCAACGGACCUGACAGUCAUCUGUGACCGCAUGGAGGAGCUCAAGAGGCUCAUGCUGAAAUUCAGCAGUAUGGCUCCAGAAUUGGAGCGUCUUAAUGAGCUCGGAUACCGGCUCCCUCUCAAUGAUUCAGAGAUCAAGAGAAUGCAGAAUCUGAACAGGAGCUGGUCCACAGCCUCAGCACAGACCACAGAGAGAUUCAGCAAACUCCAGUCCUUCCUCCUGCAGCAGCAGACCUUCCUGGAGAAGUGUGAAACAUGGAUGGAGUUCUUGGUCCAAACUGAAGAGAAUCUGGCUGUGGAAAUUUCAGGGAACUAUCAGAGUUUGAUGGAGCAACAAAAAGCUCAUGAGUUAUUCCAAGCAGAGAUGUUCAGUCGGCAGCAGAUCCUCCACUCGAUUAUCAGUGAUGGACAGAGGAUGUUGGAGCAGGGUCAGGUGGAUGACAGAGAUGAGUUCAACCUGAAGCUGGCCCUCCUCAGUAACCAGUGGCAGGGCGUGGUGCGCCGCGCUCAGCAGAGGAGGGGCAUCAUUGAUGGUCUGAUCCGGCAGUGGCAGCGCUACAGAGAAAUGGUAGAGAAGCUACGCAAAUGGUUGGUGGAGGUCUCCCAUCCUUCAGAAGCCCUUCAGUCAGGGACAACAGUGCCUCUGCAACAAGCUCGCUCCAUGCUGGAUGCCGUCCAGUUGAAGGAGAAGGUGCUGCAGCGUCAGCAGGGCAGCUACAUCCUGACAGUGGAGGCUGGCAGACAACUGCUCCUGUCAGCUGAUAGCCGGGCAGAGGUGUCUCUGCAGGCCGAACUUACUGACAUCCAGGAGCGUUGGAAGCAUGCCAGCGUCUGCCUGGAUGAACAGAAAAAAGAACUUAACACAUUGCUGAAGGAUUGGGAGAGGUGUGAGAAGGGUAUAUGUGGAUCUCUAGAAAAACUUCGAGCUUUCAAGAAGCAGCUGUGUCAGCCUCUUCCUGAUCACCAUGAGGAUCUUCAAGCUGAGCAGAUGCGCUGCAACGACCUGGAGAAUACAUUUGAUGGCUGGACUGGUGAUCUGGCUCAUCUAAAUGUGCUGAGAGAGUCCCUGUCUUGCUACAUCAGUGCAGAGGACUUGUCUGUCCUGCAGGAGCGGAUUGAGCUGCUGCAUCGCCAGUGGGAUGAAAUCUGCCAUCAGCUGUCUCUGCGCCGGCAGCAGGUGAGCGAGAAGCUGAAUGAGUGGACCGUAUUCAACGAGAAGUACAAGGAGCUCUGUGAGUGGCUCACCAACAUGGAGAGCAAGGUGUCCCAAAAUGGAGACAUCAGCAUCGAAGAGAUGAUCGAGAAGCUCCGCAAGGACUAUCAGGAAGAAAUCACAGUGGCUGAAGAGAACAAGCUGCACCUGCACCAGCUGGGAGAACGCCUUGCUAAAGCCAGUCACAAGAGCAAAGCUGCUGAAAUCGAACAAAAACUCGGCAAAGUCAGCGACCGCUGGCAGCAUCUUCUGGAUCUCAUCGGAGCCAGAGUGAAGAAGCUGAGAGAAACUCUUGUGGCGGUGCAGCAGCUGGAUAAAAACAUGAGCAGCCUACGCUCCUGGCUGGCUCACAUUGAGACCGAGCUUUCCAAACCCAUCGCCUACGACUCCUGUGACUUCCAGGAGAUUCAGAGGAAACUGGAUCUUCAGCAGGAGCUUCAGCGAGACAUAGAGAAACACAGUACGGGUGUGGCAUCUGUAUUGAAUCUCUGUGAAGUGCUCCUGCACGACUGCGACGCCUGCGCCACUGAUGCUGAGUGCGACUCCAUCCAGCAGGCAACUCGCAGCCUUGAUCGCCGCUGGAGGAGCAUCUGUGCCUUGUCUAUGGAGAGGAGAAUCAAGAUUGAGGAGACGUGGCGUUUAUGGCAGAAAUUUCUAGAUGACUUUGCACGAUUUGAGGAGUGGCUGGCCACUUCAGAAAAGACUGCUGCUCUGCCCAACUCCUCUGGUGUUCUGUACACUGUAGCCAAGGAGGAACUGAAGAAAUUUGAGGCCUUCCAGAGGCAGGUCCAUGAAAGCCUAACUCAACUGGAGUUAAUUAAUAAGCAAUACCGCCGCCUGGCAAGAGAGAACCGCACUGACUCGUCCUGUCGUCUGAGGGAGAUGGCUCACAAUGCCAACCAGCGAUGGGACAACCUGCAGAAGAGGGUGGCAUCAAUCCUCCGCAGGCUUAAGCACUUUAUCACUCAAAGAGAGGAGUUUGAGACAGCCAGAGAUGGCAUCCUGGUGUGGCUGACAGAGAUGGACCUGCAGCUCACCAACAUCGAACACUUCUCUGAGUGUGACAUUCAGGCCAAGAUCAAACAACUCAGGUCUUUCCAACAGGAGAUUUCUCUGACUACAGCCAAGAUCGAGCACAUCUUCCACCAGGGAGAGGCGCUGAUAGAGAAGAGUGAGCCUCUGGAUGCUGCUGUUAUUGAAGAGGAGCUGGAAGAGCUGCAGCGCUAUUGUCAGGAGGUGUUUGGCCGAGUGGAACGCUACUAUAAAAAGCUCAUUAGACUUCCUCUUGCAGACGAUGAUACUGAGGUGUCAUUAUCGGACCGUGAGCUGGAGCUGGAUGAGCCUGGAGAUUUGUCCAGCCUGCCAUGGAACGAGCGUUUGGGGGAUGGCUUCCUUUCACCUCUGCCCUCUUCAGGCCGCUCAGCCUCCCUGGCUGCCCAGUUUAGGACCGAGCGCUCAGGCCGGGACACACCAGCCAGCGUGGACUCCAUCCCCCUGGAGUGGGACCAUGACUAUGACCUGAGCCGCGGGCUAGAGAGUGCCAGCAGGGCCCUGAGAGAGCAGCAGAGCGAAGAGGGAGACUUCCUCCAGCGGCCUGCCUCCGCUUUGUCAGAUGUAGUGAUCCCAGAGAGCCCUGAGGCCUAUGUUAAACUAACAGAAAAAACACUGAGGUCCUCCACUGGGGAUGCUGCCUCUUCAGAAGCCCAUGUUCACCCUCUGGAUGUCAGCCGAUUUCACCUGCAACAAACAGAGAGCAUCCGUAGUCGCACACCCACAGGCUCAGAGCUGGACGCCUCCUACAUGGGAUAUAUGCGUCUGCUUGGUGAAUGUCGUGGCAGUAUUGACACAGUGAAGAGGAUGGGUUUUGAGCUCAAGGAGGAGGAAGACACCGCGUCUGGACUUGCAGAUCCAAGCAGCUCUGAAUCCCAAACAUCAGGAGUGAUUGAGCGCUGGGAGCUCCUGCAGGCUCAGGACCUCAGCAAAGAGAUACGCACAAAGCAGAACCAGCAGCAGUGGCAGCAGCUGAACUCUGACCUGAACAAUGUUUGGACUUGGUUGGGAGAGACAGAGGAAGAGCUGGAGCAGCAGCGGAGGUUGGACCUCAGCACAGACAUCCAGACCAUAGAACAGCGGAUUAAAAAGCUCAAGGAGUUACAGAAAGCUUAUGACAAGCGUAAGGCCAUCGUGCUGUCCAUCAACCUGUGCAGCGCUGAGUUUGUUCAGUCAGACACGGAGGAGUCUCGAGAGCUUCAGGCCAAACUGAAAGACAUGAACAACCACUGGGACAAACUGGGCAGCUCACUGGAGGAAUGGAGGACUUCACUACAGGAAGCGCUAAUGCAAUGCCAUGACUUCCAUGAGAUGAGUCACGGUCUGCUGCUCUGGUUGGAAAACAUUGACCGCAGGAGGAAUGAGGUGGUUCCCAUCGACCCGAUCCAGGACAGUGACACUCUCCAUGAGCAUCACAAAACACUCACGCAAAUCCGCCAGGAGCUGCUGGACUCUCAGCUCAAAGUGGCCUCUCUUCAGGACAUGUCCCUUCAGUUGCUGGUCAACGCUCAGGGCAGCGACUGUCUGGAGGCCAAAGAGAAGGUGCAUGUCAUCGGGAACCGCCUCAAACUGCUGCUAAAGGAAGUAACACGAGACCUCAGAGAGCUGGCCAAGAUUCUGGACAUCACAAGCAGUCAACAGGAUCUGUCAUCUUGGUCGUCUGCCGAUGAACUGGACACGUCCGGUUCUCUCAGUCCUGUAUCAGGAAGGAGCACACCAAGUCGGCGGCGAUCGCAACGGGGCAAAUGUAGUCUGUCACAGCCUGGACCCUCUGUGAGCAGUCCACUCCACAGGUCUCCCGGCGCUGGAUCCGUUUCCUCCCCUUCUGAUCUGGACACAUCAACAGCUCCUGGGUCUUCUUUGCUGUGGCGAGUCCUCUGGUUCGCGCUGCCUCUCCAGUUCUUCCUGCUCCUGUUAGUGGUCUUUGCCUUCCUGCUGCCGCUCUCUGAGGAGGACUACUGCGCUCAGUCCAACAACUUUGCUAAUUCCUUAUACCCGAUGCUGAGCUACACUAAUGGACCACCUCCAGUGUAGGCCGGCCGGCUGAAAGCGCGUUUCAUUGCAGUGUUCUUUCAUCAGUACGACUUGAAUUGGAAACACGUUGAUAUUGUUAAAUGUUGUUAUGUCUGGAGCAUAAAUUGAUCAUGGUCAUCCAUUUGUACUGCAGAAAAACAGCUGCCAUCUACAGAUAAUAUCUACGUGUGUAGCACAUAGGAUCUAACAUCUCUCUAUGUUACUCUCUGUAAUGCUGUGUCCAUAAAGGAGCAUCUUUGGUGUGACAAAACUGAAGAAACUGUUUGCCCACAGUGGACAUUUGAACUGAAUGAAUGAAGAUCAAAUCAGUGGAGUUUUCAUGUCCUAUUUCUCUGAGGAGAUCUGUCAGUGGAUAGCACCAAAGUCAAAGCAAGAUUUAGCCUGUGAAUUUGCUUGUAACUCAAAAAUUUGUAAAAAAUAACAAAAAUAACAUUUAAUAUCUCACAUUGCAAUAUUUUUUUACCUGUAUUUUGGCAUGCAUCUCUCAUCAUUGUUUUUAUUUACUAACAAAUGGUUGUGUCUGUGGUAAAGAAUCCAUUUUUAACUUGAAUGACACUGAUUCAUGUAAGAUUUAUUUAAGCCAAGUCCUGUUUUAAUAUCAAAGGCAGACACAUUUCAAGAGAUUAACCUUUAACUUUGUUCAUUCAUGGUCUUUAUACAUAUCGCUGUUUUAUUUUUUAAACUAAAUAUAAAUGCGACUUUAUGAUUGAGAAUAAUGAUAUAUAUAUAGAACUGCUGUAUAUUUUGUAUGACUGUCUAUUGCGUAUCAAAUGUAUAACAGUCUGGGAUUAUUUACCAUGUGUAUAUAUGAAUAUGAGAAAUAUAUGUAUAUGCGCCCAUGGAAAAAAACAAUGA